CUUGGCAUACUCUUAGCUGCCCUCUUUUCAAUCACCACGAUUGUCGUGGCCAGUCAGUCGCCGGCGCCCUGAAGUUUAAGAUUGACCUGAUUUUGGAAUUAUUUUUUUCUGCCUAACCUCAGCCAUGAGUACCGAAGCCGCGCAGCCCAUCUUCGCCACGGGCGAGAACUGCAAGCCGGUGUGGACCGACGCGAAUGCCCAGUAUAACCAGGCUGAUACACACCUCGAGAUCAUGGGGAAGCCGGUCAUGGAGCGAUGGGAGACCCCCUACAUGCACUCGCUCGCCACGGUAGCGGCGUCCAAAGGAGGCCGCGUGCUGGAGAUCGGGUUCGGAAUGGCUAUCGCUGCCACUAAGGUGGAGUCGUUCCCUAUCGAGGAGCACUGGAUCAUUGAGUGCAACGAUGGAGUGUUUCAGAGGCUGCAGGAGUGGGCGAAGAACCAGCCACACAAGAUCGUCCCUCUCAAAGGAUUGUGGGAAGAUGUGGUGUCAACCCUGCCUGAUGGCCACUUUGACGGUAUUCUUUAUGAUACCUACCCUCUGUCUGAAGACACCUGGCACACACACCAGUUCAACUUCAUCAAGGGCCACGCUCACAGGCUGCUGAAGCCCGGCGGUGUCCUCACCUACUGUAACCUCACCUCCUGGGGAGAGCUGCUCAAGACCAAAUACGACAACAUUGACACCAUGUUCCAGGAGACGCAGGUGCCUCGGCUGCUGGAGGCUGGCUUCAAGAAGGAGAGUAUAAGCACCAGCCUGAUGGACAUCUCCCCUCCCUCCGAGUGCAAAUACUACUCCUUCCACAAGAUGAUCACCCCCACCAUCCUCAAACAAUAAACCCUCUUCCCCUGCCCAGCAAAACCAAGCCAAAUCUGUGUCACCACGCAAACAGGAGCAUGUGCUUAUGUGUGGGGGGUUGCAUCUAUAAACAAGCGCAUGAGCAAGCUGCAAAAUAAGAGCUAGAAGGUCCAUUAGAACCCUCUCAAGAGAUCUUGAUGACUACAGCAGCAGAUCAUGUAUAGUAAUGCAGUUCCACAUCUUGCAUUUGCAUCUUCUCCAGCACCGUGUCUAUAUAUGAAACCAACUAGCAACUGUGCUGUCACAGAAAACAAGGUAUCGAAACGUAAGAUCAUGUUCCUAUUUGUGUGGUUAUCCCAUGCAGUGCUAGCUUGAUUAAACAGUAACUGGUGAACCAGUAAUUCCAACCCUUUUAAA